GCUCGCGCGUGAGCCGUGACGUAACAGACUUGGUCUCUUCCCCAUCUGGCCAUCUAUAAAUUCCCCCAUCGAUCGACCCUCCCUUUCCCCAAUCCAGCACCCCCGAUCCCGAUCGAAAAUUCUCCGCAACAGCAAGCGAUCGAUCUAGCGAAUCCCCGUCAAGAUGCAGAUCUUUGUGAAGACCCUCACUGGCAAAACCAUCACCCUUGAGGUCGAGUCGUCCGACACGAUCGACAACGUCAAGGCAAAGAUCCAGGACAAGGAGGGCAUUCCUCCAGACCAGCAGCGCCUCAUCUUUGCUGGAAAGCAGCUUGAGGACGGCCGCACCCUCGCCGACUACAACAUCCAGAAGGAGUCCACCCUCCACCUGGUCCUGAGGCUCCGUGGUGGCAUGCAGAUCUUCGUCAAGACCCUUACCGGCAAGACCAUCACGCUGGAGGUCGAGUCCUCUGACACGAUCGACAAUGUGAAGGCGAAGAUCCAGGAUAAGGAGGGCAUCCCCCCGGACCAGCAGCGCCUCAUCUUUGCCGGCAAGCAGCUUGAGGACGGCCGUACCCUCGCCGACUACAACAUCCAGAAGGAAUCCACACUCCAUCUGGUGCUCAGGCUGCGUGGUGGCAUGCAGAUCUUCGUCAAGACCCUAACCGGCAAGACCAUCACUCUGGAGGUUGAGUCCUCUGACACGAUCGACAAUGUGAAGGCAAAGAUCCAGGAUAAGGAGGGCAUUCCCCCGGACCAGCAGCGCCUCAUCUUCGCUGGCAAGCAGCUUGAGGAUGGCCGCACCCUGGCAGAUUACAAUAUCCAGAAGGAAUCCACCUUGCACCUGGUGCUUCGCCUCCGUGGUGGCAUGCAGAUCUUUGUAAAGACCUUGACUGGCAAGACAAUUACCCUGGAGGUUGAGUCGUCCGACACAAUUGACAAUGUCAAGGCGAAGAUCCAGGACAAGGAGGGCAUCCCACCGGACCAGCAGCGCCUCAUCUUCGCCGGCAAGCAGCUUGAGGAUGGUCGCACCCUUGCAGAUUACAAUAUCCAGAAGGAAUCCACUCUGCAUCUGGUGCUUCGUCUCCGCGGUGGAAUGCAGAUCUUCGUUAAGACGUUGACAGGGAAGACCAUCACACUGGAGGUUGAAUCUUCGGACACCAUUGACAACGUGAAGGCAAAGAUCCAGGACAAGGAGGGCAUCCCCCCAGACCAGCAGCGCCUCAUCUUUGCUGGUAGCAGCUUGAGGAUGGCCGCACCCUUGCAGAUUACAACAUUCAGAAGGAGUCCACCCUGCACCUGGUGCUCCGUCUCCGUGGUGGGCAGUAAGCUUCUGCCGAACUGGUUCACAGUCUGCUGCCCUUGGUGGUCUGCCCCUUAGUGGUCAUGCCUUUUGUUAUGUGUCUUGCGUCCCAAUCCUGUAUCGUUUGUGUGAACAUCUCUGCUGCUGUAUAGCAGCUUGAAUCCUGUUAUGAAUUUGUGAACCUGAACCUUGUUCCGUGAAUCAUGUUAUGAAUAAGUGAACCUGAACCUUGUUCCGUGAUUAUUGUUA